UUCACAAUCUUUACAGAGGUCGAGAUGAAGUCUCAUUCGUCGUACGCAUCCGUUAAUACCACACGAAAUAAAGGCCUCCAUGAUGCAGCCAUCCACCGCAAGUGCAAGGAGAAAUUUUCUCGCAUGUGUUGUUUUAAUACCUUUAACCGCCAUCGCAGUCAUUGGCCGAUUUGCCGUAAGGAGAAGUCUUCGCCAAGCGCCACUUGGAGCAGACUGGAUGUGUUUGGCGUCCUGGUCCUUCUUCUGUGCAUUUUGCACGAUUAUCAUCGACUAUAUUCUAAAUAAGUCCAAAAAUGGAUCAUUUGAUUUUAACAUAGCCUUGCCGCAGCCAGAACUAAGAGACGAAUCAACAACCCUUUUGAAGGCAACCUUCGAGGCGCAUCUAUUCUUUGGGUUCACAAUAACUUCUGUCAAAUUGAGUAUCCUAUGGCUUUAUUACACAUUGUUCAGAGUCAACAAAAACGUCAAAAUCUGUAUUCAGACGACUGCGGUCGUCUGCGUUUUAUGGCUUAUUAUCGUUACAUUCCUCGUCAUAUUCCAAUGUUGGCCAGUUGAGGCAUACUGGGUCGCGAACAUCGAAGGGUCACAGUGUCAUUCGAUACCGCGCAUACUUCUAGGCUACGAAAUAACUAAUUUAUUUCUUGAUGUAUUGAUAUUGUGUAUUCCAGUAGGUAUUACGUGGCGACUGGAACUCCCAAUACAGAGAAGACUGGCUAUUGCGGGUACUUUUCUAUUAGGAGGAUUUGUUUGUGUUGCAAGCAUUGAACGUAUAAAGGCGACUUGGAACCCCCCAAACAUAAAUGAAGAUUUUGACUUUCCGUCUAUAAUGCUAUGGUCGACGCUGCAAUUGGGCGCCGCAAUCCUUUGUAGCUGUUUGCCGACGUUUAAGCCUCUCCUCCCGGCCCUGAAUAAGCCCAUAGUCCACUUUCGCACAUGGUAUGGAUCUAAAUGGAGUCCAAGGCCGCUGAGAAAGACAGAAUCAACAGCCCAACGUAUAGUACCCGAUAGACGCGACUCGAUUUCCGGUUGGGAUACUAUUGGAGACCGUCGGUCCCAAACCUGGGUCUAUUCGAGUUACAGUGACGAGUGCGGCCACCAACUCCAAGAUAUAUCUUGCGAUGCUGCCUAUGUGAAUAGAGAGGUGGAAGUGGUUUAGAACUCAAAUUGCUAUACCCGAGUAGCUUGUCUUAAAGGCCCUUCUCACGGCGUUUCGCGUCGAAUCCCGGUGUUAGUUAUCCCCGAGUUGAUACGUCACGUCUAGAUACCCACACAGAUAGCCAGCGAUAUUUCGGGGGGUUUUGCGACAAGGAAUCUAGACAUU